UAUUGGUACGCAUGAUUGGCGUUCGCUUUGGAAAGGUAGAUUACCGAAGAGAUAACCUCUCUUCGAGUUAGGGUUUGUUUCUUUAUUUAUUCGUCUUCCAUUCGAUUCAUUGGAUAACCGUUCUAUCAAGAUUUUUGGUGUGAGCAUAUCGAUAUGGAGAUACAGACAUGUGGCAAACCGAUUAAUUCAUUGUUAGAAAAGGUGCUGUGUAUGAAUAUACUGUCUUCUGAUUAUUUCAAAGAGCUUUACCGGUUAAAGACAUACCAUGAAGUCAUUGAUGAAAUUUACAAUCAAGUUGAUCAUGUUGAGCCGUGGAUGACCGGGAACUGUCGUGGUCCUUCGACUGCAUUUUGCCUUCUUUACAAGUUUUUUACCAUGAAGCUUACUGUCAAACAAAUGCAUGGGCUCUUGAAGCAUCCCGAUUCUCCUUACAUUAGAGCCAUUGGAUUUCUCUACUUGAGAUAUGCCGCAGAUCCGAAGACUUUAUGGACUUGGUUUGAACCUUACAUCAAAGAUGAAGAGGAAUUCCCCCCUGGAUCCAAUGGACGAAUGACUACAAUGGGUGUAUACGUGCGUGAUUUGCUUCUUGGACAGUACUACUUUGACACCCUUUUCCCCCGAAUCCCUGUACCUGUGUUGCGGCAAGUUGUAUCCAAUCUUGAGAAGAUGAAGCUGCCUACUAAAGUUUCUGGUGCAACUGGGGAUUCUAACCGUCAUGGAUCUGAUGACACUGCUCGCCGGCCGCCAUCAGUGAAAGCUGCACUUUCUGUCUCUUUCGGUCAGCGUGCCCCCCAUCGUGCUUCAACCAGGGACUCAUCUCCUGUGCGUCGCACCCUCCCACCACCACCUUAUGACAGAUCUGGCAGUGAUGAUUUAAAAAGAUCUCCCAGCCACCGUCGCAGCCAGAGCCGUGAAUAUUCUGAUAGGGAAUAUUCUGAGGACAGGGAUUGGGAUCGAGAUAGGGAAAGAGAAAGGGAAAGGGAGAGGGAUCGUGAUCGGGAUAGGGAGAGGGAUCGGGAUCGUGAUCGGGAUAGGAAUAGAGAUCGGGAUCGGGAUAGGGAUAGGAACAGGGAUCGGGAUAGGGAUAAGGAUAGGAACAGGGAUUGGGAUUGGGAUAGAGAAAGAGCCAAGGACAAGGAGAGGGAUAGGGAGCGAAGGCAUGAUUACGAUCGAAGGUCAAGGUACUCAGAUAAAAGGGACUAUGAAGAGUUACGUGAUGAAAACAGGCAUUAUAGAGUAGCUAGCUCUCAUAGGAGCAGAAGCCGAACUCGCAGCAGGAGUCGAAGCAGGAGCAGAAGUAGAAGUUUGCAAGCCGGAAAUAGUCAUUUUGAUCGUCAUUCAAGUCCACUGAAAGAGGGUAGCAAGGAGAAGACAUCUGCAUCCAGCAAUUUGGCGAAGCUUAAGGAUCUGUACGGUGAUUUAAGUGAUCAAAAAGGGGAUGGCUUUGAAAGGGUACCUAGGAGGGACAACAGUGGCGAAGAGGUGAUAAGGCUAGGUGGUUCUACUUGGAAAUAGUGCAUCUAGGUAUUCAUGCUGCACCUGCAAAUCAGACUGAGGAAACAAAAAACUUUAUUAUGAACUUUUACUGUCUGUAGUAAAGCUAGCUGGAUUGAAGGAUGCACUUGUCGGCAUUAUUUGGCAGCUGACAUGUAUACUAAUCUUUUCAUUAUCUUUUUCGGUUUCUCUAUUUAAAGCAUGAUAACAUUUUAAGUUAUAAAAAAAA